AGCAGCCGCCUAUAAAAAAAAUAUUUCUAAUGGCUGGCGCGAAGAGCAGAACGAGUUUGCAACGUGCAUUGACUUUCAAGCGCAACACACACAGGAAGUGAUUAGGAGGGUCAGUUGUCCCGGACACAGGAACAGAGGGGGUACAAAAUUGGGUCCUAGUUACAUUUCAUGUGUUUGCUAGGGGGGCUUCCACAUUGCGUUGUCCCCAGGCGCGACUGAGCUGGUGCUACUGCUCCUGCUGGAAGCACUCAGGCGUUGCCUGCUCUUCCUUCUGCAACAAGCCGAUGGACCUGCAGACCUGAGGUAGAACUAGUUUUUAAACCUUUGUGAGACCACCACACGCAGGACUUGUUGGACUACAACGCGGCUGAGCCAUGAAACGGAACAAGGACAUGCAGUCCUUUUUCGUUCCCAUCGGGAAAAGGAAGAGAGAGAAUGAGGGAGAUGUGCUGGAGGAGAGAGAGCAUGUGGAGUUGGAGGAGAGAGAGCAGGAGGAGAAAGAGCAGGAGGAGCUGGAGGAGAGAGAGCAUGAUGAGCCGGAGAGAGAGCAGGAGGAGAAAGAGCAGGAGGAGCUGGAGGAGAGAGAGCAUGAUGAGCCGGAGAGAGAGCAGGAGGAGGAAGAACAGGAGGAGCUGGAGGAGAGAGAGGUGGAGCCGGAGGAGAGAGAGCAGGAGGAGAAAGAUCAGGAGGAGCUGGAGGAGAGAGAGCAUGAUGAGCCGGAGGAGAGAGAGCAGGAGGAGGAGAGCAGUCAGAACCUAGACAGAGAGAAAUGGAGGGAUUUGCAGGGCUGGCAAGUCAGUCAGCAGCACCCAUGUGGAGCAGGCCUACUGCUGCACCACCAGAUAUCAGCAUGUGUAGGGAUGACUCUCCAGUACAGCCACAGAUGAAGACCUUCCCUUUCACCAUCAUGGGAGGCAAGAAGCGUAGUUUCCAGGCCAGUUGGUAUGGUAUACAUCAGUGGCUUCAAUACUCUGUUUCCUGUGACUCAGUGUUUUGUUUUGCAUGCCGCCACUUUAGCCCACCAAAUGCAGCAACCACUGUAUUCGAUUCUGCAUUGGGGUUUAAAAACUGGAAAAAGGCGACUGAGAGAGAGGGAGGUUUUGCAGUUCACCUCAAAUCUGACAGGCACAGCCAAGCAAUGAUGGCAUGGAGGGAUUAUCAACGGGCUGUAAAAACAAAUAAAACACUGGAAAAUGUCCUUAAUGAGCAGCACACUAAACAAGUGAAGGAAAAUCGAGAGUACAUAAAAACAAUA